AUGUCUGUACGCGCCGGGCCGAACCAGGGCUAUCGUGCGCUGGAUGCUCUGGACUUGUACACGGUCCCGGAGCAGCGGGACAUAUAUGUGCCUCCGCAGUUUGCUAUCGGUUUGAAUGUAUUUGCUGGACAGCUGUAUUUUGGCUCUAAGCGCGAGGCUAUCCGCGUCUGUCACUAUCUCGGUAUCAACUUCUUAUAUAGAUUUAUACUAAAUCUAACAAAAUUCUUAUAA